AUGGCCGAGCAGAACCGAGAUGCAAUUAUUUCCGAUCUUCGAGAGAGGAUGGAGAAAGACGAUCUAUUGCGUGAUGCCAAAAAUCCACUGCGUGAUACCGAUACGAAGCCUGUUCCAGUGAAGCAGAGCUCAGAAUCUACCACCCCAGCAACAAGCCCGGACCGACCAUCCAGUUUAUAUGAUCAAGAGGACAGUCUACUGGCCGAUGAGCCCACAGGACUACCAUUUCUUCCAUUACCGCCUAUCGGCUUCUCAUACUCGCCCUCAUACUCCAACCAAGCCAGACCCUCUCUCUCAGAACAAACCUCACCAAUCGACGAAUUCCCAAUACCAGUAGCAGUUGAAAAGCCACUCAUCGCCCACCCAACAGAAGACUUCCCAAUCCCAGUCUCCAAAGAAGUGCACAUCUCCGACCGAAACAACAACGACCUCACCACCAUCCCCAUCCCCGUAAUAGUAAGGAGCACCAAACCCAACCAAGACGCCUCAACCCUCAAAGUCUCCAUCCAAAAGAAACCCAACCGCCUCAGCCGUCUCCGCUGGCAAAUGACCAGCUCCAAAGAAACCUUCAUAACACACAUAAAACAAGGCAACAACACGACCGUCCAAAACCUCCUCUCCAAAGGCGCAGAUGUCAACGCCGCAAACGACCUAGGCCAAACAGCCCUCAUGGUCGCCGCCUCCUACGGCCACGAAGACAUCACCCGCUCCUUACUCGAAUACGGCGCCACAAUCAACGCCCACUCCACAGACGGCCAGACAGCCCUCACUGCGGCAGCGAUACGCGGGUACGAGCGUAUCGUGCGCAUGCUCGUUGCGUCUGGGGCUCGAGUGGACGAAGGCAAAGAUGGAGGCGUGGUGGCGCUUUCUCAGGCGGCUGCGUAUGGGCAGGAUCGGAUUGUGCAGUUCUUACUUGAUUCUGGGGCUGAUGUCGAUGCUUUUGGGUGGAGGGAUGAGACGGCGCUCGGGUUGGCGGCUGUUAAUGGGAAUAUGAAGGUUGCGAGGAUAUUACUGGAUCAUGGGGCUGGGGUUAAUCAUAUGCGGUCUCAUUCUCAGUUGCCGCUGUAUAAGGCUGUGAAGGGGGAUUGUGUGGAGAUGGCGAGGUUGUUAGUGCAAAGGGGGGCUAAUCCAUUGCUGAAGAAGGGGAAGUUUGAUUCGGCGAUGGAUUUGGCUGUGAGGAUACGGAGGAGGGAGAUUCUGGGGGUUUUUGCGGAAUAUGGCUUUCGGCCGGUGAAUACGGCGCUGUAUCAGUAUUUCUGA